UUAUGGAUGGAAGAGAGACUGUAAGCUUCACAUAUGCGUUAUCUAAGCACAGGAGAUGAAUGAAGAGCAGGGGACAAUCUCGCUUUUAGGUGGUAGUGGUGACGUGUAGUCCCCACCACCACUAGCCCACACACACACACACACCUCACUUUGUUAUUGUUUCGCCUCCUCCUCUGCUCUCGGCAACGUGUCACUGUGAUAAGUUUGCUGUGUGUGUGUGCUUUAGUUACUCCUCUGACUGACUCACAGGGAUCUCUACUUCCUACAGGGGCGCCAUGUCGCUGGACUACAGCAUCACCACGACCUGGAACGGCGGCGCCCUGGACCACGCCCCCGUCAGCCUGAGCCUCUCGUCCAGCCCCGACCAGCAGCAGCUCAUCCUCACCAUUUCGGCGCCCUUCUUCAACGACCCCCCCAGCCCCGCAGGUCCCCCCGGCCAGCCCUUCUACGGCCUCUGGGACUACGAAGUGGUGGAAGCGUUUUUCCUCAACGAUGCCAAUCAAUACCUGGAGGUUGAAGUCUGCCCGUGGGGUCAGCAUAUAGUGUUGCUGCUGAGUGGCCAGCGGGUCACCGUGCGCCACUCCCUGCAGCUCGAGGUCAGCACCCAGCGCGGCGGUGGCGUGUGGAGCGGCACGGCGGCCAUACCUGUCUCCUACCUGCCCGAGAAGGUGACCAAGUUCAACGCCUACGCCAUCCAUGGGUCAGGAGAAGCACGCGUCUACGAGGCGCUCUACCCGGCACCCAGCACGGCUGCCAACCCGGACUUCCAUGCCCUCCAGUACUUCAAGCCCAUUGACCUCUCCGGCCUCCUCCCCAGCCAGGCCACAGACUCCAUGAGCCAGCUGUGGAGUGAUUCUUUGCAGGGACUGUUUCGCUAUGACAUCGCCACAACCUGGGAUGAUGUGCCACUGUCCCCGCCUGUGGUCCAGGUCACACUGCAGGGCUUUGAGGCCGGCGUGGAGUUGAAUGUGACAGCGCCCUUCUACAAUGACCCUGCUCCUGACGGCACCCCUGGUGAGCCCUUCUACGGCCUCUGGGACUACGAAGUGGUGGAGAUGUUCUUCCUCAACAAGAACGACGAGUACCUGGAGGUGGAGCUGGGGCCCUGGGGACAACACCUGCUGCUGCUCCUGCAAGGGGAACGCAACGCCAUCAAGGACUCGCUGCCGCUGGACUACAUUGUCACCGAGAAGACUGACCCUGUGGGAAGCACCCCGGGUCUGUGGAAGGGGUCAGCCAUGAUCCCUCCUGGUUACUUCCCUCCCAACGUGACCCUGGUGAACGCCUACGCCAUCCAUGGGGUCGGGGAGGCACGUCAGUAUCAGGCCCUCUACCCCGCCCCCAACAAUGACCCCAACUAUCCCAGCGCUGACUUCCACCGCCUGGACCUGUUCCGUGCCAUAGACUUUGAGUUCCAGGUGAGGGACAACAAAGACUACUCUCAGGUGUGGCUCGAUGCAAUAGGGUCAGGUGCCUCCCCGACCACCCAGCCGGUGAUCCAGGACGCGGGAGAGAUGACGACCAUAGGGCUGCUACGCUCCAUCCAGACCAUCACUCCAGAGCCCUCCGACACCCUUGCUCCCGAAUCUGUGGAUGCUGAUCCUGAGGCCACUGCCACUCUUGUGCCUAAAGACAACACCCCUGAGACCACCAUUACUCCAGAGCCUGCAAACAUCACCCUUGCAGUUGCUUUUCCUUCAGUGCCCAGGGAAAGCCCUCCAGAGUUCCCCCUUCCAACAGAACCUGAAGACAAGAUUCCUGACACCACCAUUACUCCAGAGUCUGCAGACAACACCCCAGCAGUUGCCUUUUCUUCAGAGCCCAGAGAGAGUCCUCCAAAGUUCCCACUUCCUGAAGACAACACUCCAGAGAUCACCACUGCUCCUGAGCCCACAGAGAUUUCAGAGACCACUUUUGCUCCAAAACUUGAUAAGAGCAGUCUAAAACCUAUUCUCUUCCCUGGAUCUAUUCAGAGAGAAAGUGUUCCCGAGAUCCCCCUUCCUCCUCCUGAACCUGAAGUAAGCACUCCAGAGCCCACCACCACUCCUCCAGAGGAGUUUAGGGAGAGUGGUCUGGAGAUCACCCUCCCUCCAAAGACUGAAGCCACUGAUCCUGAGCCCACCACCGUUGCUCCAGAGCCUCUACAUAGAGAGAGUGUUCCUAAGAUCCCUCUCCCUCCAAGACCUGAAAACAGUGACCCUGAACCCACCACCCUUGCCCCAGAGCCCAUCACCUCCUCCAUUUCAAGUUCUGGCAACACAUUGGAAUCUGAACCUGCAGAGACCCUCCCGUCUGACUCCACUGACACUGUUGGUCAAAAAGACAAUGAAGCUGCCCCUCAGAAUCCAACCACCAUGCCACCCACCACCCCUGCCCCAACAACUCUCCCAGAGCCCCUAGAGGACUCGAAGACCACACUGAGCCCAGGGAACACCAGGACGACCGGGCGCAGGCGUCCCCGCCCCCAAAGGGUGAAUCAUGACAUCAACUCAGGUGUUGUUGCUCCUCAAAAUUUACCUGUCCGCUCCAGGGGCCACCCCGUGCCCCAUCCCCUACGAGUGCGUCCCAACAGGCGGGUGGGUGAGCAUGGGCUUCCACCGCAGGGUCUUCCUCUUCCCAUCCCUGGCGGCGGGCUCCACCCUGAGGAUUUCUUAGCACAACUAGGACAACACCUUCUGUCGCAGCAUCAGGGCCUUGAGUUUCCACCUCCUCAAGGUCAGACAUUCAGGAGUCAGCAUAAUCAGCAGCGACCAUUAUUCCCUCGUGAUCAACAGUUCCAGCCUCCCAGGGACCAACAGUUCCAGCCUCCAAGGGGUCUGGGAUUCCAGCCUCCCAGGGACCAACAGUUCCAGCCUCCAAGGGGCCAAGGAUUCCAGCCUCCCAGGGACCAACAGUUCCAGCCUGCCACAGAUCAGCAGUCCCAACCUCCGAUCAGUCAGCCAGAAGAUCAAGCAUUCCGGCCUCCCAAAGACAAACCACUUCAGCCUCCCACAGAUCAGCAGUUCCAGCCUCCAAGGGGCGAAGGAUUCCAGCCUCCCGCAGAUCAGCAGUUCCAGCCUCCUACAGAUCAGCAGUUCCAGCCUCCUGCAGAUCAGCAGUUCCAACCUCCGGUCAGUCAGCCAAUCGAACCUCCCAAGGACCAGGAGUUCCAGAUUCCUGAAGAUCGGCAGUCACAGCCCAGCGACCAGCCACUCUCUGCCCCGCAGCAGGAGGUGCAGGAGCAGCCGCAGCGUCGCCCUACUUCAGGAGGGCUGCAGCAGCAUCAGUUCCCGCCAUCUCGUGGAGGAGGCGUGUCUCUGGGUGGGGCUGGGGAAGAGGAAGUGGGUCUGCAAGAGGUAGAGGAGGUGAUCACGUCCUUGACUGAGGGUUCUUCCGCCUUGCCGCCGCCACAUCCACUCUGCUUCACCCCCGGGCUGGUUCCCGACGAGCGCCGCUGCUGGGUGUUCCACGAGUGCGAGCUGCUGGACGGACAGUGGCAAGUGUACUCGUGGAAGUGUAUCAGGGGCCACGUGUUCGACCCCUUCAACGUGGCGUGCGUGCCAGGCCGCUGUCGGAGGCGAAGACGAGGAUAGGCGUGCCAAGUGAUGCGUGAGUGUGCUUCCAGCAACCCCCACCACCCUGCUGCCCUCCACGUGUGUGUGUGUGUGUGUGUGUGUUGUGCUCCAACCCCCCUGCCAAGAUUGUAGCCCAAGUGUAACAGGACGUGUGAUGUACUAGAACCCUCGGGGCGGUACGUCUUCCAAUUUUGUAUUCUUUUCCUUAAUCCCUCCGCCCGUUCUCCAAACUCCAGUGUGUUAAUGUUGGUUAAUAAAUGUGUGAUUUUU